ACACACACACACACCUAGUCUCAACACCAGCAUCAUCCCAUCUCGCUGAUUUGAUCAACUCAAGCCCCACCCCACAACAACCCCCCCUUUUGGCCUCGCUGUCGGCGGUUCGUUAUGUCUAUAAACAUAUAUGUUUCGCCAUGCCCAAUGCCGAGCGCCUCUUGACUGCAUUACUGCCGCCGCCGCUGCUGCUGCUCCUUGUACGCUCCUUGCUUCUGAUUUAUUUUGAUGCUCCAGUGGGAGCUGCUGAUGAGGGCGGCGGCCUUCCCCCCUCCUUGCCCGGGGACAAUGGCAAAAGCGCCGCCGCCACCACUGGGAUGUUUCUCGUGGCCUCCGCUUUGACUGCAGAGCCCCAGUUUCCCCUAAAGGUUCUUGUGAGAGACAUGGUGACACGUCAGCUUUUGCCAGGGGCCCUGGUGGGAAUUUAUGUGAACCACAGCUUGAGCAGCUCCACCUGGACAGGGGAGGAAAGUGAAGUACUUCUCUGGGUUCCAUACAUCCCGCUGCUAAGUCUGACUCUGGUGGCCACUAUGGAAGGUUAUGUCCCCAGCUCACUGCCUUGGACCACUACUAAGAGACCCAUCUUUUCUGCUGUCACGUUGCUGCUGCUUCCUCAGAGGCAAGGCAACAUCUGGCUAUUCGAAGACUCUGUGGUCAUCACAGCCAAGUUACCAGGUAGUGCCUCUCAGCCCAAGAUAAAGAUUCCCAAGAACCUACUCACACUACCCGACAAGAACAACAUGUCAUCAUUGACAGCUUACCUGACUGUGCCACAGUUAGCGAAGGACUGUGUCAACUGCACUCCAGGCUUUAGAAGCACUGGGUUGAAGCCGGUAGCAGCAGUCAGUGUCCUGCUCUAUGCAGGAGGUGAGGAGCUCCAGGUUCGAGGGCCUAUCCAGUUCAGCAUGCCUCUGGGAAGCAGCACCCACCACCGUGCCUCUGAGACCAUUCCAGCCUGGUCCUUCAACCUACAGACAGGUGCCUGGGAGAAUCAGGGUCUGGGAAUAGUGAAGACACUCGGUGAGGAGUUGGUUUGGACAUACACUGCUUCCCACCUGGGAUAUUGGAUCGCCGCCCCCCUGCCUUCAAAUGAUCAUGGAAGCUCCUUGGAUUUCCUUUCAUAUCACACCCUUCUCUCGGUGGGAAUACUGGCAGGAACUCUGGUAGUAGUAAUAGGAUUCUUGUCUUUGCUGUUGUGUCAGUGCGGAAGUUCCCACCGAGAGCCCAGGGGGAGGCGAGCCCGCUUUUCCAAACUCACAGUGGUGAAAAAGGACCAAACCACCUCCAUGCACAUGGAGGAGGGUCUGCUCUUCCACUCAGGUGAGAAUAUCCUGGCCCCCUGUAACGUCCACUGUGACCCUUUGUCCACCCCAAGGCACAAAGCCAACUACAACAUCUACGUGGAAGACCCAGCCAGUCAAGUGAAAGCUCCUCUAUAUGAGAAUAUUUCUACCGAUCAUAUCAAAGUCCCCAAUGUACAUUCUCAUUACAUCAACAACGAGGAGGUAUCUCGCCUUAUGGAGCAGAUGGAACUGAACCGCAGCAACAUAAACUCCGACAGCUUCUUUCCUGACAAGCUGGUUCAUAUCUACAACCACUCAGUGGCCAUCAUCCCAGCGCCAGAUAUUUUCGGCAAUCAAGAGCCGCAAAAAGCUGGCUGCAAGUCUGCCACGUUCCCCCGCAAUGGAAACGAGUUUGACACAGAAGCGGCAAAAAACGACAGCUAUGGCCAGACGCUUGGCAAAAUGCAAGGCAGCCAACAGCAAAGCAACCAAGAUGAGCCCCAGCCUCUGGAGACUCCUCCCCCGAGCCAAGGGCCUCCUGCUGUAUGGGGCCACUACAGUAACCUCCUUGAGUCCUCCGUCUCGGUGCCAGGGACUCUCAAUGAGGCAGCAGGGAUGGAAGGUUUCAGUGGUGCUCACGGCAUUUCAAGCGAGCUUCAAGGCAUCUCUGAGCGCACUCUGUUGGAGCUGACCAGGGGUAAGUCUUCGUCAUCCCACCCGAGGGCCUGGUUCGUCUCCCUGGAUGGGAAACCCGCAGCUCAGGUGCGCCACUCAAUCAUUGAGCUCCAGAGCCGCCGCCGCCCUCCCAGCAGCAACGACACCAGCCUGGACUCUGGGGUGGACAUGAACGAGCCUCAACAGAAUAUCCGUGAUAUGCGGCGGGAAAGGACUUCAAUGCGGGCUUCUUCGGUUCCGCACCACAGUAGAAGCGGGAGGUAUGGCGAAGACCAAGAUCUGAGCAGCAGCGAGAGUGGCACUACUGCCACUGACACCCCAGAGGACCACUCUCUCAGGAACAUUCUAGAUGGAAGCAGUGGGGCUAUUCCCAACAUACCAGAGGAGCAAGACGGGAUGGACACAUCCAGCACUCAGGAAGACAGUGAGUUCAGAGAGACACCCCCUCCACGCCGCCUGAAGAAAGGAAAGGAGAAGAUGAAAUCAGAGAAAAGAAGUACCAAGCACGUUCGAGAGGGCCGACCUCUGACAAAGAGACGAUAGAAGAAAAGAUAAAUCCGAGCAUUUUUCCCUAUGCUUGAUUUUCCUCUGCCAGGCAAUGUUGUUGUCGAACUGUGUGAUUGUACAACUUUGCCAAAGUUUGCACAAAAGUUCUGUUGAAGCAUCAAGUACCCGCAAACACUUUGAAGAUCACCAGCGAGAUUCCUCCCAUGGACCUAAUGUCCCACAAUCCCCGCACUGAGGGUGCCUUGAAACAAUGAAGUGAUGUAAGAGGGAGUUAAUGCUGGUGAGUCUGCGGGACAAAUACGACACAGGACAACAUACAGUAUUUUAUGCGCUUAUCAACACCUGCCAUACUGCGCUGAUGUACUGUUUUUUUCUCCAAAAGAAACUCAUGAAAUUAUACCCAGAAUCAACCUGGAGUUUUUUUUUUUUUUUUUUUUUUCGGGUAGUAACAUUUGUAAAGCUGCCAUUUUUUUAAAUGCAUGAACAAUAGGUUUACUUGUUUUUUGGAGAAAUACUUCUCACUAUAGUGCAAAUAUCUUAUUGUGUUAUUCAUCCCAGUGAAUUCAAUUUCAACAUCACAGCAGCAGUCUUUUCUUAGUUGUUUUUUUAUAGUUACAUUUUGUGCCUUGCUUUACUUUGAAAAUGUUUUUUUAUUUUUUAUUCAUUGUAUAAUUAAUAGGAUGCAGACAACAUCACCCAUUAUGAUAUCCAACAUGGGAUCCAUUUUCAUGCACAAUGCAGAAUCUAGAAAUAUUUGCAGCAAAAUUGAUGUUUAAAGCUGAACAGUUUUGCCAAAUGUAGUCUUCCAUUAUAGAUUCAGGAUUGCCAUGAAUUUGUGUGUAAAUUUUCAAAUCGCUUCUGUUAUGUGACUGUGAUGUUGUUGGUUGUGUGGUUUUGUUCUACUUCUACACUUGAAGUUUCAUUGUCAAAAAAUGUGGCAUUUAAUUGUUUUGGAGUUUAUGACAAGUGGAGCAGAAAAGUGAUCGAUGUUAUUUUUAAAUGUAGCAACAAUAUGAACACUUGAGUCUGGAGGCUUCUAUAAGAACAGAGCAAACAUUCACAUGUAGUUGCUCAAUGUAUUUCGCUUUCUUUGUCAGUCAAGCCAUGUUUCUUUGCAAUGUACUGUACUCUAUUAUGUACUGUAUUUUGUGCUCUAAAUUAUUAAACGUACUUGUUUAACCUC